AUGCGCGCGACCUGCAUCUCAGUGGCACUAGCCAUUGCUGGGCACGCCACAGCACAGCAUCUAUCUGCACGUCAGUCAGAAAACGGCACAGUUUCGAGCGAUGCGACGCCACGGAGAUACAUUGUUGAAUUGAAGUCACGCGACCAAGGCACUCGUGUGGCAGAAAAAGUCGCUACCAUCGACGGAUUGCGAAUUGUGAAAACAUUCGAUCAUGAUAUUUUCCCAGCCGUCAGCGUCGAGUGCGACCACGCUUGCGACGCUGCGUCCAUCACCGCCGCGCUUGACGACAAUGAAGAUGACGGUGGUGUCGUGGCUACCGUCUUCAAAUCGACUCCGGUGCGACUCUUCCCGACAAUCGAGGGAGAGUCAUAUAGCGACGAUGCCGCGGCCUCAAACUAUUCUGUUCAUGGUUUGACCGGAGUUGAGCAGCUCCAUGCCGCUGGUAUAAUCGGAGAGGGCGCUACAGUCGCCAUAGUUGACAGUGGUGUUCAAUACACGCACCCAGCUCUGGGUGGUGGUAUCGGCGACAACUAUACUGUUAUUGGUGGAUAUGAUCUGGUAGGCGAUGGAGACUGGCCGAACACAGCCCCGGAGCCUGACAAUGAUCCUAUGGACCAUUUUGGUCAUGGAACUCACGUUGCCGGAAUCGUAGCCGGCAAGAGUGACCAGUUUGUUGGAGUCGCUCCCGGAGCAAAGAUUCUGUCCUUCAAGGUCUUUACCUCGAGUGGCUAUUCCAAUGAAGAGACGGUCAUUGACGGCUUUCUGAAAGCCUUCGACUCUGGGGCAGACAUCAUUUCCGCGAGUCUAGGCGAGAAGAGCGGCUUCACCAGCAAUGCUUGGGCCGUUGUCGCUUCUAGAAUGGUGGAUCAAGGUGUCGUUGUCACCAUUGCCGCUGGUAAUGAUGGCCAAGACGGAGCCUUUGACAUGAGUAAUGGCGCAUCCGGCGCUCAUGUACUCACAAUCGCCGCAUCCGAGCCUGAUGAGUUUCCGGGGCAGGAGUUCACCGCCAAUUUCAUUCUCGAUGGCGAAUCUAACCAAACCUCGCUGGCCUACUACGGUGGUUCAGCAUCUUUUCCGAGUACCGUGGUAGACUGGCCGAUUGUACCAGUGACUUUGAACGCGUCAGUGGAGGCUGAUGCGUGCUCUCCUCUGCCUGCCGACACAGCCAAUAUGACCGGAACCAUUGUUCUUAUUCGGUACGGUGGUUGUUCACUAAGGACAAAACAAGACAACAUUAGCCCGUUUUCCCCGCAGUAUAUUCUGUUUUACGAGGAUGACGGGCCUUUCCAGACACCAGUCACUGGUGCAACUGUUGGUCUUACCCAAGCGAUUGAGGCGAGAGCCGGAGAGGCUAUCGUAAACACCAUCAUCGAAGGUGGCAAUGUGACGGCUUCCUUUAAUGUGACGUCUGGUCACUAUGUAGGACUUUUUGAUGCCGGCGGUGGACGUCCAGCACUUUACAGCAGCUGGGGAAGCACUUUCGAUUUAGCACUAAAGCCGGAUAUUGCUGCGCCUGGAAGCAAGAUUCUGAGUACAUAUCCAACAGACGCUUACCAAGUCCUCAGUGGAACGAGUAUGGCUACACCAUAUGUUGCCGGUGUCGCUGCUCUUUAUGUCGGAAAGUUCGGUGGUCGAGCGGCGAACGCGAAUGAUCCCACCUGGGCAAAACGUCUCCAUGCACGUCUCAUGUCCACAGCGCACGCCGUUGCAUGGGCCGAUUGGUCUACGAGCGCCACCGACUAUGGCUUCUUUGCGCCCACGACUCAGGUUGGCGCUGGUUUCAUUGAUGCCACCAAGCUAUUUAAUUACACUACAGAGUUGAGUUUCGAGGGACGCAAGUUUGAGCUCAACGAUACGGCCCACUUCGUGGGCACGCACUCGGUGGAUAUCACCAAUACUGGCAGUGAGGCUGUCACCUAUGAGUUCUCCCUGCAGCCGGCAGGUGGCUACGAGUCUUGGACUCCCCUUCCACCUGGAAGCACGGAAUACGCCGUCCCAGGUUUUGAGCUAUACGCCUAUGUUACUCCUGAAGAGAUGAUACCAGAUGUCAUUCUGCCACAGGCCUUGACCAUUGGUCCGGGUGAUACGGCGACGGCUGAAUUCACAUUCACUCAGCCUCAGGGAUUAAACAGCUCCAACAUACCCGUGUAUAGCGGCAAGGUGCUCGUUAGCGGGAAUAAUGGGGAAGAGCUCGGCGUCCCGUACUUUGGUGUCGGGUCUGACCUGAAGAGCGAGAUUUCCCACGUCUUCGACUAUGGAAAGUUGUAUCCCUACAUGACCUCAGGUAUAUACAAUACCAAAAUAGAUGUCAAGUCAAACUUCACAUUCAAUCUGUCGUAUUCCUCACAAGAUUUCCCCAAGCUCUUUUCCAUGUUGGUUUGGGGCUCAGAAGAACUGCGCUGGGAUAUAUUCGACGGCGACUACAUCGAGUCGGACUGGGCGUACCCACCAGUCCCCGGCCAAAAUCACUUUGUUGGCUCGGCCACAAGCUGGAAUGGAACUGAUGCUUCCUCAUGGUUUGAUCCUGCUACAAACAGCGAGGAUGAUAUUUUCUCGUUCCCACUCUAUGCGGUUCCCAGAGAUACUCAAGGAAUUUACUACUGGCUUGGCAGAUACGCCAAUGGUACACAAGCGCAACCCGGAUCUUACAAGUUCAGGCUGGCUGCGUUAAGACCAUUCGGGGACCGGACUGUCGCCGAGGAUUGGGACAUUUUCGCCACGCCCGAUAUUACAUUCCUUGCUGGCGCAUAA